UUAACGACUAAUAUAUUAAUAACAUAACAAUACUGUGAAACGAGUCCAUUAUUGCUUUUAAUUCAAUUCUCUCUUCUUAUAAAAAUUUUUAAGAAUUCGUAAUAAACAUAUAAAAAUGGAUUUCGUUAGAGUCAUUUGCAAGGACAAACAAGAAAUAAUGUUUUCACGAUCCAUACUUUCUAAAGAAAGUGCGAGAAUAUCAGCCAUGCUUCGUCGUCACUCAAAUGUACAAGUAAUGUCGUUUUACUUACCAUAUUCUAUAGACAUUUUGCAGCAAAUACACGAAUACUUAGAGGAAGGACGUAUAAAUAUCACAUCUACGACAAAUGCAAUAAACUUACUCUUCGUAACUACAAGAUUACUUAUAAAUCGUUUAAGUACAGAAUGCCGAAAGUACGUGAUUAAGCAAUUGACGAGUGAAGACGUCUGUCACGUGUAUGAUUUUGCUGAUCAAAACAAAGACGUUAAGUUAUUAUUUAUUUGUUGGAAAAAGUUCGAUUCUGAUUGGCAUCGAAUAUUUAAUUCAGAAAAAUGGCUAGAUUGCAGUGGAAUUACUAUCUACAGACUCGUUUCAAGACCGAUAUAUAGACGUGUAAACGAGAUAGAUAUCUUCAAUGUCGUUUUACAGUGGGCCAAAAAAAGAGUUACUCGGAACAAGUCUCUUCGAGAAGUCAUGAAAUCCUUCAUCCCGAAGCUUAGAUUUUUAACAAUGCCACCAGAAUUAUUAGAAUGUAUGGUAUUCAACGAGCCAAUCUUAACGGAUUUAGAGAAAGAUGCGAUAAGAUGCUAUUUUCAAACGAACGAAACGUGGUUCCUUCCACAGAAUAUUUGUACGAUCGAGUGUCCUAGAAGCGAAGAUCAGCCUUCAAUGUGGUUUUCGUAUUGCAACAGAGACACGGAGGUCGUUGAAGAAAGAAAGAACGUCAGUGAUAAUAUUCGAUUCGUCUGUGAAAUAGCGGUCAAGGAAAGUUGUUAUAUCAGAAGUUUUUAUCUCCCUGUCACUCAUAAUAGUAAAAAUACAGUGAAUGUAAAAUUACGUUAUUCUUACAAUUUGGAUAAAUGGGUGACCUCCAAAUUAAUACUUACGUGUACUAGACAGGGAUUUGUUCAUUUGUCUUUUCCUAUAGUCGCAACGAAGUUUACUUUUUGUAGAAUGAUUGCUAGAAUUUCCAAAGACGAUAUCAUUCCUGAAAAUCAAAUAAGAAUUAAUCCUCAGGCAAAUCGUUACAGACCACUGCAAUGGAUCAUCAGAGAACGUUAUAAAGAUGAAAAUAUGGAGUUCGAAGAUGACGCUGAAUAUAUUUACUUCGACGUUAAUCCUUACUUUUGAAGAUUGAAAAAUAAGAAUUAAAUUUUAUAUGUAGUUCUAUUUUUUGGUUAAUUAAAUAAACAUACAAAAUUUCCUUUGA